AUGCUUGUUGCCUUCCUUUUUCUGGUCCUUCAACUCAGCAGCGGAGUACAAGCUCAAGAUGCACCGGCUUGUUGUGAAGGUGGCGUUAUGAGUCGUAACAUGCGUCAAGUAGCCCUUGAUGUUCAUAACACGCAAAGGAGUUUACUUGCGACCGGACAAGUACAGAAUUCAGUAAUGUCUACAGAAAAAUUCCCAGAAGCAAAAAACAUGCUCGCAAUGGAAUACGACUGCAUGUUAGAGAAAAAAGCUUUGGAAGAUAUCUCGAAACACUCCUGUCGGAAGCUCUCGCCGCGAACCACAUUCAGUGACGUGAAACGGAACUACCGUUACAUUAUCACGACUAUUCGGGACUACCAGCCAGAGAAGUCUCCAGAAGUUGCAUUGAUCGAGCACACUCCUCCGGUGUUCAGGGGUCCCGAGAUAAAAAAUGAGACGCUACAACUCUGA